GAUUCCCUGUCUAUCGAUACCGGUAAGAAAACAAAAUCGACUGAAAUGGAUUCCGUCCAGAAAGAAUUUACGUAUUCCUUCAAAACCAAGGAAUAUUUGACAAAGUUAGCUGUUCCAAUAACUAUACCUCUGAAUAUCUCAGCUGAAGAAUUUGUUGGACGGUUGAUCAGUGCACACAAUCUUCCCUGUUUCGUCGAAGAAGAACUAACACGAGAGCUGGAAAAAUUUGUUAUCAAGGAAACGGAAGCAUUUCACAAUAAAAAUGGUGAGGAGGCUAUCAGAGUGUUGCAGUCCAGUGGUGAUGAGGAGAUAGGAAACAUUGCAGAUAGAUGGGCAAGGGCGUUCACACAGGAAUGUGUAAGCCAUGCACCAAACACCAAACCUAAAGAUGAAGCGGUGUUCGGCGAGAUGUUUCAUACCCUCAUACACUCUCCUGCUCUUGAGACGAUCUUUAAGUUGAAGUUAGAACAAACCUACUCAAUGGCUGUAGUGUAGUUAAAACACCAAUAUUUUAUGUGUUUGUAU